UGGCGUGCCCGACCACCCGUCAGCCAUCAGGCGCCGCCCAGCCAAUGGCGCGCCCCUGCACCCGCCGAGGCCCGCCAUUGGUGGCGCGCCGCGGGGAGGAGCGAGGUGGGGAAUCCGAUCCGAGGAACCAAGUCAUCUAUUUCUGUAUCGUUUUUAAACUUCAAACGACAUUUCGAAUUUACGUAAAAACUACACCGUCGUUUCGUGUUUGUGGAGGGAUGUGGAGUGUGCAUGUGGAUGGCAGCAGUGGAAUGCCUGUGGAUGUGGGCAGCACGUGGCAAUUCCCGCACGGCACCUCCAGCGGCCUGCCACGAGCGGCACGCGCCCGGGAGUGUAUGGCCGCUGCACGAAGGUCGGCACGGCAGUAAACGUUGAGCCGCGGGAGGAGCUGGUCGUGCCGCGGCGGUGUCCUGCAGCCUGAGUGGCGCCGCAGCCUGCAGUGUUGUGACCCGGGACUCGGUGGCGCCACGCUGCCAUUCCCUCCCCUGCGAGUGUCAUUAGUGUGUGUUUCAGCUCCACUGCGUCUCACUGCCAGCCCCAUGCAGUACCGCGACCAACAGAUGGCCACGCCCCCGCCCGUCGUCAUGUCCUCGAUGAAGCAGAUCCCCGCCUCCACCACCGCGCCUGACCCGCGCAGCCCCGGCGGCCCCGUCACGCUGUCCUCGCCCCGCGCCGCCAGGUACCCCGCCUCGCCCCUGCUGGUGUCCUCGCCGCCCCACGCCGCCAACGGCCACCAUCUCGCCUCCUCGCCUGUGCGCCCCGCUCCGCCCACCACCUCGCCCCUGCACGCCAUGCACAGCCCCCUCGUGUCCUCCCCGCAGGCCGGCGCGCCUGUCGCCCCCCGGCAUGACAGCAAGGGGUCAUGCGGGGUGCAGACCACAGGCAGCCUGCACCUCGCGCCGUCCUGCCCCACAUCCUCCCCUGCCAAGGAGAACCCCAGCCAGGCUGUGCCCUCCCCCAACGUACCUCAGCAGGCUGCGGCAUCCAAGGGGCGCUGCUUCUCCGUGCUGCUGGACGACAUGGGCGUGGCGCCCUUCAAGGAGGAGGACUUCACCGACGACUCCCUGGAGGACGAGGAGGAGGAGGAGCUGCAGGCUGAGGGCGGCGCCGGGCAGGAGGAGCUCCAGCGGAGAAAGAAUGACGGGGAUGCCCGGCGCCGCAAACCCGGCUCGUCGCGGGGCGGUGGGCGCGGGCGGGACAGAAGUCCCCACCACGUCGCCCGCCUGCGUCGCACGCGCCGCAUGAAGGCCAACGACCGGGAGCGGCACCGCAUGCACAUGCUGAACAACGCGCUGGACCGCCUGCGCACCGUGCUGCCCACGGCGCCUGACGACACCAAGCUCACCAAGAUCGAGACGCUGCGCUUCGCCCACAACUACAUCUGGGCGCUGAGCGAGACACUGAAGGGCCUGGACUCCCACCCCGCGCCGCACCAGCAACACCUCAGCCUCAGCGUGGGCGUCACCGGUGCCCCCGUGCCCCAGCAGCCCCCGCCAGACGUGCCCAUGUACCAGGCUGGACCACUGGGGCCCGCCGCCCCCUACUGCGGCCAGGGGGGCGAGGGGGAACUGUGGGGCCCCGCCAGCGUGAGUGUGGGCGGCACCUUCAGCCCCGGCGCCCCGCAUGGCCAGUACAUGCACUAUCCCAGUCUGCCUUACCAGUGCCUGUGACCAACACGCCGCCGUGCCCUCGGCCGCCGGUAACACGCCACGCAGUGCCUGACACUACCGCCUUCCUGUGAUGCGUCGCCUUGCCUCAGCGCGCCUGUGCUGCAGGAAGUACCAGAAGAGAGUUAUUUAUCUGACAACAUAUUGCUCAAUGUUUUGUCUUGUCCAGGGCUGUGCUCGCCGCCGCCCGCCCGCCCUCACUUCUUCCCUCCUUCCCUGCCCGGAUGUUGCUGCGCCAAGUCAGGCUCUGGAAUGAAACUCCUAAGUAACACUCGUGGCCUCCAUCCUCUGUGCCACCCCUCUCCCUCAUUCCCUCUGGCGUGCCUCAGGGCGUCACCUGGCAGCCUCCUGUGCUCCUGAAAGAGUUAACGCACCACUGUUCGGGGCGCCGCCUCCAGUACUAGUCAAGCCACGGCCUGAGUGCCUCGUGCUGCCUCACCGACGCGCCGUCCACUGCAGCAGCGCCGCCACGUGAAGGACGCGUAGCCUUCGUGUGGCUGUUAAUUCCCCUCACCUUGAUGAGUGUGUGUUUGGAUGGUCACGUGUGCCGCACCUGUGUGUCCUGCCCAACGCGGCGCCAGAUACCUGCCUCAAGACUACUUAAUUACUUACUACGGUAACGCCCCGUCCCGCCCCGCCAUGCAGUGCUGCCUGCCGGGGCGAGCAGCGGCCACACCCGCCCAUUGCGAGUCACAAUACUUAAGGGCGUCUGUCUGUCGGCGGCGUCCUCUGAUCUCAUUUUAGACUUAGCGAAUGACGCGACGUGAUGACGAGGAGUGUGUGUGUGUGUGUGUGUGUGUGUGUGUGUGUGUGUGUGGGCAUCUUGAGGUGCAGUGGAGUGGGAGUGUGUGUGUGUGUGUGUGUGUGUGUGUGUGUGUGUGUGUGUGUGUGUGUGUGUGUGUGUGGGCAUCUUGAGGUGCAGUGGAGUGGGAGUGUGUACUGUGUGUGUGUGUGUGUGUGUGUGUGUGUGUGUGUGUGUGUGUGUGUGUGUGUGUGUGCAUGACAGCCUUGCUCUUUCCACAAACAUACAAGAGAGAUGUAAAUACUGUAUAGUUCUAUUUUGUAUACUUUUUUUGUAAAUAUUGUA